AGCAUUAAACAAAUUUUCCUUAAUACUUUACAUGUGCAUAUUUAUAUUGUAGGUUGUGGAAAAAAUGAAGUUUUUGACCUGUGUCCACCAACAUGUCCACCUCAAGAAUGUGGAGUUAAUCCAGCUGUCAUUCUGUGCGCGCCUAACCCAAAACCGGGCUCUCCCGAAUGCAAACCAUCUUGUAGAUGUAAAGAUGGUUACGUAAGAAACGACAAAAGGGAAUGUGUACUUCCUGAACAAUGCCCAACGUGUAAUGGACGUAAUGAACAGUACGAACCUUGCCCAACUACUUGUCCGCCACAAACGUGCGAGAGCCUUAAAAAAGACUCGAGUUAUAACUGUCCUCUAAGACCCACUGUUUGUAAAGGCCAAUGUGUGUGUAAACCAGGAUUUUACAGAAACAAACUCAACGAUUGCAUUUCUGAAGAAAAUUGUAGAAAAUGCUUUGGUCCCAACGAAUAUUUUUCAUGCGGCGGAGCUUGUGACAAUGUCUGUGCCACUCUAGACAAACAAAGUCAAGACAAUUGCCCCAUUAUCAACAUAACUUGUAAUAAUAUGUGCUACUGUGACAAAGAUUAUGCUCGUGAUAGCAAUGGUACUUGCAUUCCCAUCGCAGAUUGUCCACGCCGGGGCAAAUAUUAAUAUGACGUUUUGAACACAAAAUUGAUACAAACUAUUCAAACAAAAGAUUAUUAUGUCUGGUUAAUCGAUGUUUUAAUUUCUAUAAUUGUAAGUUAUUUGUAUUUUAUGUAUUUCAAAUCAUUAUAUAAUAUACAU